AUGCACGACCCGUCCGAUCUGGAAAGCAGCGACCCGGCGGCGUCGGACGAGUUCAAGUUCGUCGCAGAGAGAGGCGUGGGCGACGACAGCGGAACCGAAGGCUUUCCGCAGCAUCUCGAGUGCGUCGCCGUGCUCACAAUGAAGUGCGGCGAGCCGCUGAUGGCCGUGCGCAAGAAACUGUACGAUGAGAUUCCGAUUACGUUUAUUCCUGAUGAGGGGUUUGGUGUAUUCCAGAGUAAAGUGGAGCGGCAUUACAGUAAAUUGGGUCCAAAUUUUGUCCAAGAGCGCCGCGCAAUUUACCUAAAACCAAGCAGCAAUGCCACACAGUCCAAGUAUGUGCAGCUGACGAGAGAGAACUUUGACCCAUUAUUGCGGGUGCGCUGGAAAGUCGCUCGGAGCAUGAAAGUCGAGCUCAAGUAUGAGGUCUUUUGCUACUUUGUGGACGUGACAACCAAGAAGGAGAAGAAGAAACUGUCCAUAAAGAUGUUCCAGCAGCAGCAACAACAGCAGGUGCCGGAUACCAGUGUCGAGCCAGUUGCAGCUGGUACUUCUAGCUCUUCGGGGGUUGCGGCGUCGCCCAAUUCGUCCUUUGUACCCUUUGGUCAAGCUGGAGGACCAGCUGGAUUCCCUCUCAUCCAGAACUAUGCUGAUGUGUCAAUUGACGGCUUACCUACUGCAGUUGGGAGUGCAGCCAAGUCGACGGCUGUUCGGACGUUGACAGGUUAUAAAAAUGGCGUGCAUGUCGACUCGAUACAUGGCAGUGACCGGCCUCGGAAAGUUGCGCGUGGCAAGCAAGCGACGGCAACUGCAGAUCAGUUGCCAUUUGAAGAAAGUGCCGAGGAGCCGGUGUUCCAUACGAUCCCGUUUCGGAUCAAUGGAUUCGUGGUCCCGCUAGAGGUGGACAUCAAUGCACUGAAACGAAGUCUGGGGUUAGAACGUGCGUCCCAAGACGGUCCUGUGAACGGUCUGGAUCGUACCGCACAUUUAUAA